CGACGGCCUGGCACGGGUCAGAAUCUCCGGUCGCGACUCCUCAAUCCUGCGCCGAGGCUCGUGACCUAAAGACAUCGAGUCUUUGCUGAAGCCUUCUGGUACAUCUACACGCGUAGUGGGCAUUGCAGACGCGUAAAUACCCGUCAAGAUGUCGACAAUGAUCACCUUUGCGGCGAAUAAUGAGUUCUUCCGAAAGCGCAAACGUGUCCACCGGGCCUGUGAAUCCUGCAAGAAGCGCAGAAGAUGCAGCCACACGUUUGCUGAUGAGGAGACUGGCGGCGGCUCUUUUGAGGGCGGAAACGGAAACUCUACCCAAAGCGGCGACCGGGACGCAGGCCAUCCAUCCUCAGACCCUCAUGCUUUCGCGCAGGCCGGACACCCUCACCACUACGACCCAAGACUUCCCCGUGGGGACGCCCGAAGUCAUGGUAACGCUCAUCCCCACUCCACAAUGCCGCCGCCUCACAGCCCGGCGGAGAGCGCAAGAUCGCCACAGACCCCACCAAACUUUCUGGGCUAUCUGAAUCCUGAAGCUGUUUUGCGAGAACAAGUCCACUCGAAACGAGAUCCUGCGCAGUCACCAAACAUAGCUCCAAUCGGCCAGUGGGUCGAAGAGAGGGAUCAAAGACCAGUGACGGCUCAGCCAAGGUCGGCUUCAGUGCAUAUCAAUGAAACAGGCGUCGACAUCCUUCCACCUCGCAAGAGUCAAGAUGUCCUCCUUGACAUUUACUUUACCUACGUCCACCCCCUCCUUCCACUAGUCGACAAGGAUCUUUUCUACGAACAGUACGGGCAAGGUCGAGAACCUCGUACGUUGCUGCAGUCAAUUUGCAUUGUAGCUUCAAAACACGCCAAUGCCGCAAAGAUCUUGUGCCUGGGCGAUGAUCCGCAGCCACUCAAUCCCCGAGAGUUCUCACAAAGACUGUAUCAGGCCGUCAUCGUCGCUAUUGAGGCAAAACUUGAAAAGAACCGAGUUGUACUUAUUCAAGUUCUAGCCCUCAUAUCUCUCCACUGCGAAGGUCCUGACGGUGCUGAGCAAGCAUCGAUGCACCUAGCACAGGCUAUUCACCAUGCACAUACAUUCGGCUUGCAGUUUGGGCAUCAAUGGAGAAACCAAAGCUCGGAAUCACAAGGCAAUCUGGAAGACGUAUUCUGGUGCUUGUGGAGUCUCGACAAGAUCAACGCGUGCAUGAAUGGCAGGCCAUUACUCAUGCACGAUCGCGACAAUAGUUUGAGACAACUGCCUACAGAUCCAGAGAAGAGGUCAAGUCCGUUUGGAAUCUGGUUACAGAUUUCAGAGAUGCUGGACAAGGUCAUCGACUACUACAGACCAGGUAGUCGCUCAGCAGACGAGACGGGUUGGGAAGACGACUUUCUUGGAUUUGAGGAGAUGGUGGGCGAUGGUGAGGAUAAACUGGAUGGCCCCAUUAUGAGUCUACUAUCUCUGUUCCACCACACCAUGUGUAUGGCUUCGCACAAGUCCCUGUCCAUCAACGCUCCUGUCAAGUCAACACCGUCCUAUGUCCGUCAGAGUCUAUCAGCCACUCGAGUCAUUCAUUUACUCAAUGCCGAGUCUCCUGAGCUGCUGCCACCCCUUCCAAUUGUACCAUAUGCGCUAUCCGUAGCACUCAGUGUAGUCUACAGGCACUUCCGCUCAAGACGACUGAAGGUGCACAUCAAGCGCGCUUCGGAGGAACUGAAGCAAUGCGUGCUUCUCCUUGAUCGCCUCCGAGAUGCAUGGUGGUCUGCAGGCACAAUGGCAGACAUUGGCCGUGCAGUUCUCAGCAAUGCCGCUGGGCAACGGACAAACGCCGUAAAUACGCCUGCGCCCACUGCGCCGGAGCUGCGCCCGAAUGAGCCCAAGACAGAGCCACCCACCCCACAAGCCAACCAUAACGGACCGCACAUGCCUGUCUCGAAUAACCAAUGGCCACCCCAAUCUAUGGAUCAUUCGAUAGAUCCGAGAUUACAGCAGCAGCAGCCUUCUCCAAUGCCCAAUUUGCUCAAUCCCAUGCCAACGCUCACACCAGGGCAACACCCUACGAGCAGUGAGCGUGCGGAUCGGGCACCGAUACCUGCUGCAUUCGGCUUCGCCGAUCAGUCACCAGACUGGUUGAACUUCGAUACCGCCUUUGAGAACUUUGAGGGUCUUCUCGGUAGCUCGGGCGCGGACUUGAGUAACGAGCUAUUCCGACCGCUCAAUUAUGAGACGCUCGAAGGCUUCCUCGAUCCUGCUGCGCAAUAAUACAAUCGGCUCUAGAUAGAGUAGCCCUAAUUAAACUCGGGACAGUACAUUGAAAGCGUUCCUGUAGUCGCUCUUGAGGCCUGCAAAGCCAAAGCAAG